AGAUAAGGUCUGUUUAGAUUCUGUGGUACCAGUCCCGCUUCGGAGUUCUUGCAUCCUGCUGACAUUUGAGGCAACCACGCAUCUUCUCUCCCCCCCCCCCCCCCCAAAGAAACCCUUAUCGUUUAAACCAAAUUCCAACCAACUGGCUCAAAAUACUUCAAUUGUGCCUCAAUAAAUUGCAAUCGGUUCUGAACAGUCUCCGGAAGGCAUGGCGGACCCCAAGUCUGUCUGUGUUUCGGUCGAUGAGGUGGUCUCGAACGGGACGGCUGCCCGGCAGAUUUCCUUCUUCCAGACGCACUUGAAGAAAGUGGAGAACAAGGUGAUGGAGCCCCACCGCUUCUCCUACCUGCCCAAGCGACUGGCCGUCACCAUUGAGUUCAAGGACCUGUCCUACUCGGUCUCUGAGGGUCCAUGGUGGAGGAAGAAAGGUUACAAGACUUUACUGAAGGGUAUCUCGGGUCAGUUUAACAGUGGAGAGCUCAUCGCUAUCAUGGGUCCCUCGGGAGCUGGGAAGUCAACACUCAUGAAUAUUCUGGCUGGAUACAGAGAGACGGGAAUGAAAGGACAGGUCCUGAUAAACGGGCGACCUCGAGAUCUGCGAUCCUUCCGCAAAGUGUCCUGUUACAUCAUGCAGGAUGACAUGUUGCUCCCCCAUCUCACCGUUCAGGAGGCAAUGAUGGUCUCGGCAAACCUGAAGCUCCAGGAGAAAGACGAAGGCCGGAAAGAGAUGGUGAAGGAGAUUCUAACUGCUCUUGGACUGCUGGAGUGUGCUAACAUUCGGACAGGUAGCCUUUCUGGAGGCCAACGCAAGCGUCUUGCCAUUGCCCUUGAACUGGUGAACAACCCUCCCGUCAUGUUUUUCGAUGAGCCGACCAGUGGCCUGGACAGUUCCUCGUGUUUCCAGGUUCUAUCUCAGAUGAAAUCGUUGGCCCAGGGUGGGAGGACUGUAAUCUGUACCAUACAUCAGCCUAGUGCCAAGCUUUUCGAGCUGUUUGACAAGCUGUACGUUCUGAGCCAGGGACAGUGCAUUUACCGUGGAAAUGUUUGCAGUCUCGUUCCUUAUCUUAAAGAGAUUGGUCUACACUGUCCGACUUACCACAACCCUGCCGACUUUGUGAUGGAGAUUGCGUCUGGGGAGCACGGAGACCAGAACCCAAGACUGGUGAAAGCAGUGCAGGAUGGGAAGUGCGAUACCGACUGCAAAGCUCGAGAGAUUGAAGAGAAGGAUCUAAACCCCAUGCUUUGGCACAGACCAUCCAUUGAGGAUCCAUCACCAUCGGAAGGCUGCCACAGUUUCUCAGCUAGCUGCUUGACCCAAUUCUGUAUUCUCUUCAAAAGGACCUUCCUCAGCAUCAUGAGAGACUCGGUCCUCACUCACCUACGCAUCACCUCGCACAUUGGGAUUGGCCUGCUGAUCGGUUUGCUCUACUUGGGAAUCGGCAACGAGGCAAAGAAGGUGCUGAGCAACUCCGGCUUCCUCUUCUUCUCCAUGCUAUUCCUGAUGUUUGCAGCACUGAUGCCAACGGUUCUCACCUUUCCACUGGAGAUGGGGGUGUUUCUUCGGGAGCAUCUGAACUACUGGUAUAGCCUAAAGGCCUACUACAUGGCAAAGACGAUGGCUGAUGUCCCCUUUCAGGUGAUGUUCCCCGUGGCCUACUGCAGCAUCGUGUACUGGAUGACCUCUCAGCCCUGCGACGCUCUCCGCUUCAUUCUCUUCGCUGCUUUGGGGACGAUGACGUCACUGGUCGCCCAAUCCUUGGGCCUCCUGAUAGGAGCAGCUUCCACAUCCCUUCAGGUGGCCACAUUUGUGGGUCCAGUUACGGCCAUCCCAGUGCUGCUCUUCUCCGGAUUCUUCGUCAGUUUUGAUACCAUUCCCAAAUAUCUCCAAUGGAUGUCGUACAUAUCUUAUGUCAGAUACGGCUUUGAGGGCGUCAUCCUAUCCAUCUACGGUCUGGGCCGUGAGGACCUCCACUGCGAGAAGGACGAGACCUGCCACUUCCAGAAGUCGCAGGCCAUUUUGAAAGAGCUUGACGUGGAACACGCCAAACUUUACCUUGAUUUCAUCGUCCUGGGAAUCUUCUUCAUCUCUCUCCGCCUCAUUGCCUACUUUGUGUUAAGGUAUAAGAUCCGGGCUGAGAGAUAAAACCCUGACCACACAGCUGGAUGGCAAUGGUAGGCAGUUCAGAUUGUCUCACUGCCGUGACUUUGGACCUCGGGGACACUGUGCCAUGAGAAUAAAAUGGCAAAAUUCCCUCUGGCGCUGAGCUCCAAGUGUGGGAUCUGGCUACUUGGUCUUGUCCACGGUCAAAAAAUUCACCUGGCUGGCAAAGUUUCUUUCUCCAGAUGUUUUGAUGUGCCAAAUAUUUUCUCCAUUAGGCAGGUUUCUCCUCUGUCUGAGUGGGACAACCAUGUGACACAGGAGUAUCGCGCAGUGUCAAUUGAUACUGGAGGUAGCCUGAGCAAAAUUGUCGCUGUUACUGUGUAUUCAGGGGAAGGGCGGUAUUCAGGAGGAAGGCUGCUGGCAGUUUUGGUAUUGGUUUGGAUGAGGGUGGUCGGAGGGGAAAUGGGAUUAUCGGGGUAAUAUUUCAAUCCAGAAUUGCUGCUUCAUUUUAUAAUGGCAGCAAGUUACAGUGCCGUUGGAAAGGUGUUUAAAUAGAGAGGCACAAGAGACAGCUGGAAUCUGGAGCAACGCACAGUCUGCCUGAGGAACUCAGUGGGUCAGGCAACAUCUGUGGGAGGAAAGGAAUUGUCAACCAUAAGAUAUAGGAGCGGAAUUAGGCCAUUCGACCCAUCAAGUCUGCUCCAUCAUUCAAUUAUGGCUUGUUUUCUUUCUCAACCCCAUUCUCUUGCCUUCUCCCUGUAACCCUUAACCCCCUUACCAAUCAAGAACCUUAAAUACACCCAAUGACUUGGCCUCCACAGCCCUCUAUGGCAACGAAUUCCUCAGGUCCUGAUGCAGGGUUUGGACCCGAAAUGUUGACCAUUCCUUUCCCCUUACAGAUGCUCCUUGUCCUGCUAAGUUCCUCCAGCAGAUUGUUGCUUUAACAGAGGAUGUUGGCUCUCUCUGGAGGCCUGAAACUUGUGUCCGUUAUUUACGGACUCGGGAUUGAACUUCAUUUCGAAUAGAUAUCGGCUGUCUCCACCUUCGCCCUCCCCUCCCUGCACCUGGCACCAACUGCUUUUGUUUUUUCUCUUGUAUGCCUCCAUCUAUCAUCCACCUGCCUCUGUCUCCCAGCUCCACCCCCUCCCCUCUCCAACCUGGUUCCAUCCCUCACCUCUCCUCUGUCCACCAA